AUGAGUGACAGGAACAAGCCGGAAUGGACGGAAGUGACGCAAGAAUACGAUGGUGAAAACUGCGGACUUACGGAAUUCCCGAAUGAUAUUCUGCAGAAAUAUCGCCAUGCAAGAGUGGUCUUACUAAGUGGUAACAGAAUACGUCAGUUGCCCGAAACAAUCAGAUGUUUUGACCGAAUAGUUCUACUCGGAUUGAAUGGUAACCGUCUAUCAGCACUGCCGGAAUGCAUCGGCGAGCUGACAACGCUGAGGUCGCUGGGCGUACUGGGUAAUCCACUGAGGUCGUUGCCAAGCUCAUUGGUCAAUCUGGUCAACCUGGAAGAGUUUUACUGUGAUUCCAUUCCUGGUUUGUUGGAUAGAGGCGUCGGCAUUUGGGAGGAUAAAAUGAAAGUACGAAGAUUAUGGAUGGAAAUCUUUCCCGAUAUGCCAGAUAUCGACCAGAGCAAACCUGAGAAACUGAAACCCAAGAUGACAAUUGGGGACGACCUUUCAGAUGAAGAUGAUGAGGUAGUUGAAAGGAAAAUGAGUGUGGAGAUAAUGGAGAGAUAUCCGAUGGGCCAUACGUCAAAGGGUCAAGCAAUUAUUAUCAAUAAUAACAAAUUUCAAACGCUUCCUAGUAGAGAUGGAACAGAGAUUGAUGAAAAAAAAAUUGAGGAUUUAUUUGAAAGUCUGGGUUUAACAGUGCAUAUCUAUCGAGAUAUGACUGCUGAUGAAAUCACAACAGCCUUAAGAUGCCUGAGUCGACAGGAACACCACAAAGCCUCUUGUAUCGCAGUGUGCAUACUCUCACAUGGUAGAGGAGAUGAGGUCGUCGGUGUUGAUGGGAAAUCUAUUCACAUUGAAGACAUCACCAGAUGCUUCAAAGCAGCUGAAUGCCCCACUUUAGCUGGAAAACCCAAAUUGUUCUUCAUCCAGGCGUGCCAGGGCAGGGAUGCGACGCAACCCUCCAGAGUGGAAGCGGGUGGCAGUGUAGCAGCCAUUAUUCCGAACGAACCUGAUUUCUGUAUCAGCCUGUCAACCUCCGGGUGUGGAGCAUUGAGAGAUGCCGAGAAUGGAACGUUUUAUAUCACGCAAAUAGUCGACAUGUUGAGCACCUCUUCAGAGGAACGUGAUUUUCAGCAUGUUCUCUCAGAGGUACACAGUCAGGUUGCUAAGCGACUUGGCUUUCAGUUGACUCUCAAACGGUUGAAACGAUCUGAAGACAUAAUGAGUGAGAAGAUGGAAAUGACGUCAGUUGCUGAAUAUCAUGACGCGGACGCAAACGAGGCAAGCGACGCCACUGACGAGUCAGGGUCAAGAAAAAACAAAAUAUAUGACUGUAAAAUUGACCCAAUUUUAUUGAACUCAAAAUUGUUUUAUUUUUUCUUCUUUGGCGGACUCGGUGCUGUAUUACCGUAUUUAACUAUCUACUAUAAACAGCUUGGCAUGGAUCCGUUGCGUCUUGGGUUAGUGGGUGGCAUUCGACCGUUCAUAGGUUUCCUAAGUGGUCCACUAUGGGGCGCCAUCGCCGACAAAUACCGAAUACGAAAACUCAUGUUAAUGUUUUCGCUCUGUGGUUGGAUCACAAUGAUUUUAGUAUUGGGGUUUGUGCCACCGGCCAAGGAAGGUGAAUGUCCCGUUGCUGCGAACGUAGUUGGGCAAUAUUUGAACGAAACUAACGGCUCCACAGCCAUCAACGUAGAGAUGUCUCGCCGAAGAACGAGGUCUCGCUCCACCACUGAUCUCGCUCGGAUGAACUUCAGGAGUUCUGUUGAGAUUUAUUUACAUGCACCGACACUGAACAACGCCGGAAAGUCACGUGAUUUAUCUAAAGGACGCAAAAACAUAUUCGCGAGGUCCGCCGAUCGCAAUUUUAGCGACGAGAUCGUGUCCGAGAUUGAGGUGAUGACAAACGAAGAGGAUCGAAGUUGGUUGUACGAUCACAACAGUCUGCUGAAUUUGUUUCUGCUUCUAAUGACGCUUACCAUGGCGGGAGAGUUCAUGCAAUCGCCUACGUCAGCCUUGGCGGACACAGCCACUCUCAACAAUCUAGGUGGGGGCAAUAUGGAUAAAUACGGUCACCAGAUCGUCUGGGGUGCCAUAGGAUGGGGAACAGCAUCGUUUGCUGUCGGUGCACUGGUUAAUUUAACUAGACACACUACCAUAAAGUGUGGUAUCGAGUUGGUUUUCAGCGAUUAUCGUGUGGCUUUCUACUGUUUUGCUGCAUUAAUGAUAGGCGCUUUUAUUGUGGCAGUCAGAUUAAAAUUCAAGGAUGAUGAUAACGAUGAAUCUUCGAAGCACAGUCUAGCAUCUUUGAUCAAGUUAUUGAGUAAAAUACAAUAUUUCUCAGUUCUAGCAGUAGGCUGCUUUGUAGGUAUUUGCAACGGGGUUGUCUAUGGAUUCAUUUUUUGGCACUUGGAGAAUCUUGGUGCAUCGCAAUUACUUAUGGGGACAUGCAGCUUUGUGUCUUCCGUGUCACAGAUUAUUUUGUUCUUUCUGUCACAUCCGCUGUUAACGGCGAUUGGAAACGUCAAUAUCUUGUAUCUGGGGCUGUUGUGCUACGCUCUCAAAUUUCUUAUCUAUGCACUCGUCACAAAUCCAUGGUGGGUACUUCCGGCGGAAGCACUACAUGGUCUGACAGGAGCUGCUGUGUGGACGUCAUUGUCGACAUACUUGGCAUUCAUCGUACCGAGUGAGUCGUUUGCCACGAUGCAGGGAAUUCUACACGGAGUCCACUGGGGUCUUGGCAGCGGAGUUGGUAAUAUGCUUGGUGGUGUGUUGGUUGAUGAGUUCGGAGCUGUCAUCACGUUCUUCGUAUUCUCUGUUAUAAAUAUAGUAGUUUUAGGACUGUUCUUCUGUAUUCAAAAGUGUUGUCCAAGUGCUGAAUCUACUGUGGAUGGCUACAAUGAACUUGAAGGACUGACAAAAGAAGAGGUAGUGAAAAAGCAACUCGAUUAA